AUGAACUAAUCAAGUUGGUUUUCCCUUGAAGAAGUAGAGUUGCAACAUUAAAUUACUGUACCCAAUCCUCCAGUCAUUAAGGAAAGGAAAUUGCCAGAAAAAUUAGACAUGGAGACUCUCCUCUCUUAAUACAAAUCAAUUGAAAUAAAUCCUAAUCUGAUCAAAUACAUAGUAGUUGAGAGUGAGACCACUGAGAAUUCUAAACAGAUCAACUUUAAAUCAAAAAUUAAACUCAAAUGUGAGGAAAGAGAUUUGGAUGGAAGUUUAGCCAAUAAGGGUACUAACAACAUUCAGGCCACUAAAAUCUCCAUGGCCUCUAGUAUUCCAUAUAUCUAAGGCUUGAGAUCUGCUUUUCUUUCAAUGAAGGAGGGAGAUGUUGCCUGGUUCAAAUUAUCCAAUGAAUAGAUGUACACUGAGUAAGAAAUUGCAAGUGGAAUCUAAGUCCAGUCUUUAUAAAAAUAUUUCAAAAUUGAUAUUAUAGAAGUAACUCAACCUGAACUACCCCUAGAUUUAACUAGUUUAGACAAUCGUCUAAAGCAAUUGGAUAGCUUUAAAAUUGAAGGAAACCAAUUUUAUGAAAAGCAAUAAUAUCAAAGUGCACUAUUGAGAUACCAAAGAGGAUUAAACUUUUUAGAAAAAUGGCCGAAAAAGUUUGAAGACAACCCUGUUGCCAUUGAGGCCAAAAGGAACUCCUUAUUGGUGUUAUCAAGUAAUAAGGCGCAAUGUUUGAUUAAGUUGCAAGAUUUAAAACAAGCCAUCUCAGUACUUGAGCCCUUGAUUGGUCAAAUGAGAAACAAACCAUUUGAAGUCAAGAAUUACUAUCGGUUAAUUACUUGUUUGCAGAAGGUGGAUGAAUAGGUGAAGGCAGACUUCUACUUUAGACAGGUUUCUCAUAUGUGUUAGUUAUCACAAGAUGAAAAAAUGCUAUUCAAAUCUAUAAAAAUUAAGAAGUGA